AUGAACGGUGUGAUUCAAGUAGACCCUUUCAUGCUGAGCUUGUGGGACGUCUGCUGUAAAGUCAGAGAGUCGGGGAUCAAGCAGCCGCUUCAUCUCGGCUUGUUCCGAAAUGACUUCAUGAUGAACUGUCUAGAUGAUAGCGUAUGUCCUGGUCAGAUUGUCAGCGCAGACCGGCUAGAGCUCAAGCAGAUUGAGUUCAAUACUGUCUCUGCAAGUUGUGGGGGAAUCGCAGGCCAGAUGGCAGAUUUGCACAGAGCUGUAAUCAUAUUUGUAGUGAGUACCUCGGAGCGAAAUGUCAUCGAUCAAAGAUGGGUGGAAUUCAAAGUUUACGACAGGAACCCGAAUAUCCGGAUUCUACGCAAGACUUUCUUGGACAUUUAUAACCACGGCCAUUUGGAUGACCACAGCAGACUCAUCAUUGUGAUUCAAGUAGACCCUUUCAUGCUGAGCUUGUGGGAGGUCUACUGUAAAGUCAGGGAGUCGGGGAUCAAGCAGCCGCUUCAUCUCGGCUUGUUCCGAAAUGACUUCAUGAUGAACUGUCUAGAUGAUAGCGUAUGUCCUGGUCAGAUUGUCAGCGCAGACCGGCUAGAGCUCAAGCAGAUUGAGUUCAAUACUGUCUCUGCAAGUUGUGGGGGAAUCGCAGGCCAGAUGGCAGAUUUGCACAGACUGUCUCUUGGAAUGGCUGGGAAAGACUUGAAACCAGAACAGCUUCCGGACAACAAGCCUGCUGUGGGACUUGCUGACGGUUUGGUUAAAGCGUGGGAACUCUACGGAAAUCCCAGGUACAGAGUGACACAUUUGAUGCCGACAAGCCUGGAGCUUGUGGAGUCUUCAGAUAUCCUAGAUGGUGAUGAAGUAGCAUUGAUCUACCUGAGGGAUGGAUACACAGCAGAAAACUACACUUCUCAGAAGGAAUGGGACGCCAGGCUGAAGUGUGAACUGUCUCGUGCCAUCAAAUGUCCCUCUGUACAGCUUCAGCUGACCGGGGCCAAGAAAAUCCAACAAGAGCUGACUCGGCCCGGGGCUCUGGAACGUUUUGUCUCUGACCCACAGGUGGUCAACACACUGAGGGACACCUUUGCUGACCAGUACAGUCUGGACCUGAACCAAGAAGGGGAUGCUGCCGUGAAGCUCGCCUUGCAGUCUCCUGAGAAAUUUGUCUUGAAACCCCAACGUGAAGGCGGAGGUAACAACUUGUACAAUGAUGACAUCACCCAUUUCUUCAAGGAGCACAAUGGCUCCAAAGAGCGGAGUGCGUACAUUUUGAUGCAGAGAAUUUACCCAUGGCAACAGAAGAACUAUCUUGUCAAGCCUGGAGUCCCUUUUGUUUUGUCCGAUGUCGUCAGUGAGCUGGGCGUAUUUGGAGCAUACAUUGGAUCCGCUGAUUCGGAGGUCGUGAACUUUGAAUGUGGUUACCUAAUGAGGACGAAGAUCCAGGGCAUUGACGAGGGGGGCAUUUUUGCUGGCUUCGCAGUUUGGGACAAUCCUCUGGUCAUCUAG